AUGAUGCCUCAAAUCACCCCUUCAUUAUCAACUCACCCCCUCCUUCCACCACCGGAGAAGCAUGACUCCGCGGCCUCCCGCCUCGUCAAGGAAGCCGCGGCCCUCUUCCGGCUGGCCCUCCCUCAGCUCAUGACCGCCCUCCUCCUCCACUCCCGCUCCGUGAUCUCCACCCUCUUUUUAGGCCGCCUCGGUCCCCUCCCCCUCGCGGGAGGCGCCCUCGCGGUCGCCUUCGCCAACAUCACUGGCUACUCCAUCCUGUCCGGCCUCGCGGCCGGCAUGGAGCCCAUCUGCUCCCAAUCCUUCGGCGCGAAACGCCUCCCCCUCCUCGGCCUCACCCUCCAACGCGCCACCCUCCUCCUCCUCCUCGCCUCCCUCCCCAUCUCCCUCCUCUGGCUAAACAUCACCCCCCUCCUCCUCCUCUCCGGCCAGGACCCCGCCAUCGCCGCCCAAGCCCACACCUUCCUCCUCCACUCCCUCCCCGACCUCCUCGCCCUCUCCCUCCUCCACCCCCUCCGCAUCUACCUCCGCUCCCAAUCCAUCACCCUCCCCUUAACCCUCUCCGCCGCCGCCUCCCUCCUCCUCCACCUCCCCCUCAACCUCCUCCUCGUCGACCGCCUCCGCCUCGGCGUCCGCGGCGUCGCCAUCGGCUCCGCCAUCACCAACCUCAACACCCUCCUCUUCCUCCUCUCCUUCCUUUUCUUCACCGGAAAACACAAAUCCACAUGGUUCGGCUUCUCCAAACAAGCCCUCUCCGGCUGGAAACCCCUCCUCGAUUUAUCAAUCCCUAGCUGCAUCUCCAUCUCCUUAGAAUGGUGGUGGUAUGAAUUAAUAAUCCUCCUCUGCGGCCUCCUUGUUCACCCCAAACCCGCCGUCGCCGCAAUGGGGAUUUUAAUCCAAACCACAGCCCUCAUCUACGCAUUCCCAUCCUCUCUCAGCUCCAGCCUCUCCACUCGGGUUGGCAACGAAAUCGGAGCCCGCCAGCCCGAUCGGGCUAAAUUCGCAGCCCUAGUCGGCCUCUCCAUCAGCUUCCUCCUCGGCCUUGCCGCCCUCCUCUUCGCCGUAUCAGUCCGAAACACAUGGGCGCUAAUGUUCACCGACGAUCAAGACAUCAUCCGGCUGACUACGCUAGUCCUCCCGAUAAUCGGGCUCUGCGAGCUCGGGAACUGUACGCAGACGACGGGCUGCGGCGUGCUCAGGGGCACGGCCCGGCCCAACGUCGCGGCGAAUAUCAAUUUAGUGUGCUUCUACGGAGUCGGAAUGCCGGUGGCGGUGGUGGCGGCGUUUUAUUACAAGAUCGGGUUUGUCGGGCUGUGGAUCGGGUUGCUGGCGGCGCAGGGGUCGUGUAUGGUGACGAUGAUGGUGGUGCUGAUGAGGACUGAUUGGGAGAUGGAGGCAAGGAGAGGGGAGGAGCUCACUGGGGAAUAUCAGAUUCUAGAUGAUCAUCAAACUCUUCAUCGUAAGGUUAAACCCAAAUUCGAUGAAGAUUGCAUUUGUUGA